UGUUUUGGUGUGUUUGAUUUGUGCGCGCUCUUAUUUUGCUUUUUUAUUCUUACAAGUUCUAGUCGAUAGUCAAUUAAGGUUUAAUAAAUUUUCGCUCAAAAAUAAAGCAAAGGUUCUGUUAAAAUGGAUCUUGAAGAAAUUCAGACCAAAAUGCAGCGCUCGCUGCGAAAGCAAAAGUACAAGCAGUUACUCGAAGAAGGUGCUCAGCUUGGACUGCGAGCAGAAACGGCCGAUCCAGUAGAAACAUUCCAGGCGGUUACUAACAUCUUGGAGGCUUCCAACGCACUUCAAAAUGAGGGCCGUAUAAAAGACCGAGCGGAAAAUGCAACCGAGGUUCUCAUGGAUGCCCAAGUGCUCAAGAUGAGUCACGACGUUGUACAUGCUGCAAUGCAGAAAAUGGGCAACUCGGAGUUCUCCGACGAUGAACUGGUGGCUGUUAUUUUGUCGCAGUUUGAUACAGAACAAGGUGUUGAGAAUUGGGACAAAAUUACCCGUGAGGCAGCCUCCGUUUUUCGGAUGACCAAACAUAGCCAGUCGUUAUACGGCGCAUUCGAACCAGAACCUGUCGUCGUCCAGAAGGAAGCCAGGCAGCGAGCCCAACGUCAGAAAACGAAUUUCGGGCAAGCCCUGAAACCAGAAACGGUGGACAAACUACAAAAGAAAGAAAAAAGCGCCCAGAAAUUAAACUUAAUUUUCAAUCAAAUUGUGCACAUUUAUGAGCGUCGUCAGACGCCAAUUCCAUACUAUGAGCUCAUUAUCGACCCGGAGGAUUUUAUGAACACGGUCGACAAUGCAUUCCAGAUAUCAUUUCUCAUUCGGGACGGUCGAGUUGCUCUGCUGAAUGACGACGAUCAUGAACCAGUCGUUAGGCCAACCACCCAGAAGGAGAACGAACAGGCCCAGCGAAUGAACGAGACGACUCAAGCCAUUCUUGGUUUGAACCCACGGAAGUGGAGGGAUAUGGUCGAACGCUUUGGGAUCAGCGAAGCGAUGCUGCUUUUGAACCGCGAGGAGCUUGACGCAACGCAAUCUCAAGUGUAGAGGAUACGCAUCUAGUUUAACUACAAAAAAAUGAUACGUUUAUCUACCUGUUGGCGCAUUUCCACUGUUUGACGAUUGUACUCGUGAAUUGUUUUUCGUUGAAUUGGAUGUGCAAUGUUGAAUUUAUGGUACAGUACAAUUACAUUUAAGUCAUUAACUUUAAAUAAAUAUGCAGUUGAACUAA